UCAACAUAGGUGGAAUUGAAUUUGUAAGCUGAGUAUACGCACAUAUACACACGCACGGAAGGGGAGAACAGAAUGGAAGAUGCGGAACACAGAUUGUCAGUUGGUGCGCCGUUGAUAUUCUUCGUCGUUGUUGCUUUUCAGUAUCUCUCUAUGUACCUAGACAACACUAGAAAGAAGAAAGGAUCAACUAGCGCUGCAGAUGUUCAGUUGCGUGCAGAGAUUAAACAACUCUAUAAAGAAGCGAAUACAUAUUCACAGCCUUCUACGUUUGCACAAGCGGCCAAACUUAGGAGGAUGGCAGUAGCCAAGGAGAAGGAACUUGCCAAAAAUCAAGAAUUAAAAAGCAAGGAGAUAAGCUCAUCAUAUGAUUCAAAUGUAAAAAAACUAAAGAUGCUAAAGGUUUUUAUAUAUGUUGCACUUGGUUUAUGGUUUUGGCAUGCUCCUGUUGCUUCCGUUUCUGACCAGCUUGUGCAACCCUUUGGAAGAUUAUUGUCCUGGAGAUCUGGAGGUUUUUCAAACGGCUAUGUUAUGGUUGGUAUUAUCCCAUGGCUGGUAGUAUCUAACAGGGUUGCAAAAUUUGUAUGUCAAACAAUGUUCAAGUGAUAAAGAUAACUUAUCAAGGAAAAGGAGGUCUCUAGCCAUUGAAGACUUGAGAUGUUUGCACGUUUUCCUUGUUUUUCUUGACUGUGAAGUACAAGAAAGCUGAUAUGGAAAGCCCUUUGCUGGAUUUUGAUUACAACAUACUUCUCAACAAAUGUACGAACUUCUGGUUGUGAUGAAAGAAGUUUAUCAGCAUUGGAUACAUUUGGUCUUUGUUUGUUUGAUUAUAAUUAAAUACAUUAGGUUGAUUUUUUUCUUCAGAUAUACCUGUGGAAAUAUAUGCUGUAGUUUGUUCAUA